AUGCAAACAAGGAGGAGUUCACGAGCAACCACUCCUGUGGAGUCCACUAAGCGCAAGCGUACAAUCUCAACGGAUUACGUGCCUAAUGAGCCGCCUCCUGCGGCUGUCGAAGCAAAAGUACAGUUUUUCACAGCUGUUGCAGUCAACGACGACGGAACUAUAAAACAAGGUGUAAAGGGCAUUGAAACCAACACUAUAUCUAAUGGUUAUGGUGAUACGGAUAAGGGGAAGAACAAUAUCAUGUCGCACUGGUUGUUCGCAGAUGAUGACACGGUACCGAGGCCACAAAAGAUGACGAUGUCCACCGUGACUCGCCCGGGCAAUCCCACUCGCAAAUCGCCGCGACUGUUGAAUAAAACGAGUAAGCCAUCGCCAAAUGCAAUAUCUGGAACUGCUCUGGAUAUGCUACGGCAGACUUCAAAGGUUGGUAGUGCGAUGGAGAAGGCGCCAACCUGGAACGACAAUUCAAGUGGAGUGUCAGGGUUCACCAUGGCCUCCGGGAAACCUUGUCCAACAAUAGACCCAGAUAAAAAGGUAGGUAUAAGAAAGUUGCUAGGUUUGGAUGAACUGGAUGGCCUAGAAGCUGAUGUAAAUAUCGCAGUUGGCAUGCCUGUUGCGGCCACGUCUGCGGCCGACACCCCUGAAAUCGACACUACGAAAUCUAAUUUGUCUGCGAGCAGUUUGGCUUGGACAGAAACACCUCUUAGAGAUUGUAGCCAGCCGACCUCAAAUGCUGCCGGAGAUGAGGCCACUGACACGGCUGGUGAUCGGACGCCAAUUGCAAGCUUCAGGGAAUCAACAUCCUUAAAACGGGGCGUCGAGUUGAAAUCGGUGGAAAGAAUACCAGUGACAACGAGUAGCACUCACAAAUAUGUGAAUGUGCCAUCCAAAAAAACGUUCACAAUACUGGAAAUGUGGUGUCGAAACUGCGUGCUCACCAAUCACGAUGGGUCGAGUCUAUCCCCGGCUAUGCUUUCCAGAUUGUGGAACAUAUAUGGAAAUCCACUUCUGGUUACAUACAGUAACAGUGAGAAAUUCACCUUCAUUCACUACUCCCCGUGUGACGCAUCAAUCACUAUUGGGGGUUUGAACGAAAUGCAACUUUGUUUCAAGCAGAUGAUGGAUCACUGCGUUGAGCCAAGCGCGGAACGACAACGAUUCGACGACGAGUGGUUGCGUCAAAAGUAUUGUCUUUUUACCGCAACGGAGUGUAGAAGGUUCCGUCGCUCCAUUUGCAAACGCAUUCGCAACGGUGGCCUACUAAAGGAUGCCCUUCUCAAAGUUCAAUUACCCAACCCACUUAACGUCCUGAGACAGAUCGUGAGGUCAUUUAAUGAGGAGUACGGGGGGAAGGAAUCCAUACUUAUUCAAAUUUUACAUGGUGACGCUCCCGCCAACUCUCCGGUUGUAGUGACCGUAGAAGUGGUAAAAGGCGAACAUAUAUACAUAACGGAUGGCCAGUCGGUGAUUACAGCGUUCGCAUCUGAUUGCUAUAUGCGACAAUUGCUUAAAACGCAGCGAAUAGUGCCAGGCGACAAAAUACAGCUACACGGAAUUGUUAUAGGCACCGACAAGGAGCGCAAUGAAAACGCCGUUGUACAACUCAAUUUCAAUUCAAUAAGUCCAGCCCCUAAUAAGCCGUUGGGGCUUCAAAAUCGACACGGUAAUGCGCACAUUAGAGAACUUAAAGGAGGUGCUGGCAAUGUGAUGCAGCUCGAUGUCACAGUCUUGGGCAUAAUGCCACCAAUUUUUAAGGUAUACUACAGGGAACUCGAAAGUAGGGUAGCUAAAUCUGCAAUAUUGAACGAAUGGGAUUUCAAUGCAGUAUUCGCGGAUCCCGAGUAUAAGCCCCCAGUGUCCAUAGAAAAUGUAUAUGUACAUCACACUGUAUCGGUAAUAGACACCGUCAUACUGCUACGCAUCAAAGACUAUCUUCAGGAUCCACAAAAGUUUGAAAAGGCGCUUGUUAAGUCAUGCGCUCUUCUCACGUUGCGCAAUGUAGAUGAGACUCUCUUGGGUAUGAUAGAACCAACAACAAGGUUGACAGUCACGAGCCUAUCCGUCAAAAACAGUGUUUCAUUAAACCGUGGUAAUAGGUUUGCAGAACAGGGAACCCAUAUCGGCAACUGUUUAUGCUUCGAGACUACUUUGCAGAGCCGAAUAGAUGUCAAGGAACGGGAUACGCCUUUGCAGAAAAUACGCAAGACCGUAUCCGACUACCAAAAUGGCGCAUUAAAGGGGAAUGCGGAUGUCAACGAUGGUGAUCAAGUGCUUGGUGGCCGUAAAUCAAUUUUUCAUACCCUGAUUCUCGGCGAACCGGCAUUGUCAAUAAGUCCUCACGAUGAAGAUAGCUUCAUUGAACUGAUACGAUGUCAUACGGAUAGAAUGGAUGAACAUCACGAAGAGCUGUUUUUGGACCAAAUUUGUAGCGUAACAGGGAUAGUUGUGGAGGCAGGAGAGAUCAUUAACGUAGGGAAAAAUCUACGAUAUUUUAGGUUGUUUAUGCUCACUACGCAACUGAAAAUUGCUGUCGUCAAAGUAGUGGAGCGUGUAGUUUUAUUACCGUCUCACAAUGGCCAACCGCAAAACGUAUGCGUCAAGCUAGAACGUAUACGUCGGCGCCUCCUGUCACAGAGACUCACAAUUGCUAGGGCACCAGGUACCACGGCCAAGAAGCAAGACUCGUUGUUCGUGAUUUGUAUGAAUCUGUUGUACGACGGAUUUGACGAGGUUAACGAGGUAUACAAUUUCAACACUACCACCAGUAGGAUGGUAGUGCGUGAUUGCGUCAUGCUGAAAGAGCUUCACAAGCGAUUGUACGACGGGAUCGUAUUUGCUGAAGGUGCGGGCUACGCCUUAAGCUACAACGCACUAAAGGGGACAGGAGAGACGGAGUCAGACCAUGAUUGCCGAGCAUAUGCACGGGCCGUUGCUCAGGCAAAAAUCAAGAUAUCGCACCUCUUGAACAGAGACUCUGAGGAUGUAGCGUUGUGUGAGGAAAUCAUGGUUGAGUACCAAGGCGUGCCUGGUAGCAAGGUGCCGCUCGUCCCCAUGGCUGCGAUAACGACGGCUCGUUAG